GCGCGCACUGAGGCGCCGCCGCCGCCGCCGCCGCGGCUGCUGCAGGAGGCGGCGCUGGCUGGCGGCUGCGCUCGCUCCAGUCGGCGAGCGGAGCAGCGAGCGAGCGUGUGUGUGUUUUUUAAAGAUGGCCGGAGCGGCGGCGGCGGUGGCCGCGGGAGCAGCAGCUGGAGCCGCCGCGGCAGCCGUGUCGGUGGCGGCUCCCGGCCGGGCCUCGGCGCCUCCGCCGCCCCCGCCCGUGUACUGUGUGUGCCGGCAGCCGUACGACGUGAACCGCUUCAUGAUCGAGUGCGAUAUCUGCAAGGACUGGUUCCACGGCAGCUGUGUUGGAGUAGAAGAACAUCAUGCUGUUGACAUUGACCUGUAUCACUGUCCCAACUGUGCAGUUUUACAUGGUUCCUCCUUGAUGAAAAAGAGGAGGAACUGGCACAGGCAUGACUACACAGAAAUUGAUGAUGGUUCCAAACCAGUGCAAGCUGGAACUAGAACUUUCAUUAAGGAAUUACGCUCUCGAGUCUUCCCAAGUGCCGAUGAAAUAAUUAUAAAGAUGCAUGGCAGCCAGCUGACACAAAGAUAUCUGGAGAAACAUGGAUUUGAUGUCCCUAUUAUGGUCCCUAAAUUAGAUGAUCUAGGACUCAGGCUCCCUCCACCUACAUUUUCUGUGAUGGAUGUGGAACGUUAUGUAGGUGGUGACAAAGUGAUAGAUGUCAUUGAUGUGGCGAGGCAGGCAGACAGCAAAAUGACACUUCACAAUUAUGUUAAAUACUUCAUGAAUCCUAACAGACCCAAAGUGUUAAAUGUGAUCAGCCUUGAAUUUUCAGAUACAAAGAUGUCUGAAUUGGUGGAGGUCCCUGAUAUAGCCAAAAAACUUUCCUGGGUGGAAAAUUAUUGGCCAGAUGAUUCAGUCUUUCCCAAGCCAUUUGUUCAGAAAUAUUGCUUAAUGGGAGUUCAAGACAGCUAUACAGAUUUCCACAUUGACUUUGGUGGAACUUCAGUCUGGUACCAUGUCCUCUGGGGUGAGAAGAUUUUUUAUUUAAUAAAGCCAACAGAUGAAAAUUUGGCACGUUAUGAAUCUUGGAGUUCAUCUGUGACCCAGAGUGAGGUGUUCUUUGGAGAUAAGGUGGAUAAAUGCUACAAAUGUGUGGUAAAGCAGGGACAUACCUUAUUUGUUCCUACAGGGUGGAUCCAUGCUGUGCUCACUUCUCAGGACUGUAUGGCUUUUGGGGGGAACUUCCUGCACAACCUUAACAUUGGCAUGCAGCUCAGGUGUUAUGAGAUGGAGAAAAGGCUGAAAACACCAGAUCUUUUCAAAUUCCCUUUCUUUGAAGCCAUAUGUUGGUUUGUAGCCAAAAACUUGCUGGAAACCCUGAAAGAACUGAGAGAAGAUGGUUUCCAGCCUCAAACUUACCUAGUACAGGGAGUGAAAGCACUGCAUACUGCUUUAAAAUUAUGGAUGAAAAAAGAACUUGUAUCUGAACAUGCCUUUGAAAUUCCAGACAAUGUUAGACCUGGACACCUUAUUAAAGAACUUUCUAAAGUAAUUCGAGCAAUAGAGGAGGAAAACGGCAAACCAGUUAAAUCUCAGGGAAUUCCUAUUGUGUGUCCAGUUUCACGAUCUUCAAAUGAAGCAACUUCCCCAUACCAUUCCCGAAGAAAGAUGAGGAAACUUCGAGAUCAUAAUGUCCGAACUCCUUCUAACCUAGACAUCCUAGAGCUCCACACAAGGGAGGUUCUCAAAAGAUUAGAGAUGUGUCCAUGGGAAGAGGACAUCUUGAGCUCUAAACUGAAUGGAAAAUUCAACAAACAUCUCCAACCAUCCUCCACGGUACCUGAAUGGAGAGCGAAAGAUAAUGAUCUACGAUUACUGCUGACAAAUGGAAGAAUAAUUAAAGAUGAAAGACAGCCGUUUGCAGAUCAGAGUCUUUAUACAGCAGAUAGUGAAAAUGAAGAGGAUAAAAGAAGGACAAAAAAGGCAAAAAUGAAGAUAGAAGAGAGUUCAGGAAUAGAGGGAGUGGAACAUGAAGAAUCUCAAAAACCACUGAACAGGUUUUUUACACAUGUGAAAUCAGAACUCAGGAGUAGAUCAUCAGGAUAUUCUGAUAUUUCUGAGUCAGAAGACUCCGGACCCGAGUGCACUGCACUGAAAAAUAUCUUUACCACUGAAGAGUCUGAAAGUUCAGGUGAUGAAAAGAAACAAGAAAUAACAUCCAACUUUAAGGAGGAAUCUAAUGUGAUGAGGAACUUCCUUCAAAAGAGCCAGAAGCCAUCUAGAAGUGAAAUUCCAAUUAAAAGGGAAUGUCCUACCUCAACGAGCACAGAGGAAGAAGCUAUUCAGGGCAUGCUGUCUAUGGCAGGGUUGCACUAUUCCACGUGUUUACAAAGGCAAAUACAAAGCACAGACUACAGUGGUGAAAGAAACUCUCUCCAGGAUCCCAGCAGCUGCCAUGGCAGUAACCAUGAGGUCAGGCAGUUGUAUCGCUAUGAUAAACCAGUGGAAUGUGGAUACCAUGUCAAGACUGAAGAUCCAGACUUGAGGACUUCCUCCUGGAUUAAACAGUUUGAUACUUCCAGAUUUAAUCCUCAGGAUCUAAGUAGAAGCCAGAAAUGCAUCAAAAAGGAAGGGUCAUCAGAAAUUAGUCAGAGGGGACAAAGUACGAAUUAUGUGGACAGCAGCGGCUCAGGCCUUCAGAAUGGAAAGUAUAUGCAGAAUUCAAACCUGACUUCGGGGGCGUGCCAGAUAAGUAAUGGCAGUCUAAGCCCAGAAAGGCCAGUUGGUGAAACUUCCUUCUCGGUGCCCCUUCACCCCACCAAGAGACCGGCAUCAAAUCCACCACCUAUCAGCAACCAGGCAACAAAAGGUAAACGUCCAAAAAAAGGAAUGGCAACAGCCAAACAACGUCUUGGGAAGAUCCUUAAGUUGAACAGAAAUGGCCACGCACGUUUCUUUGUGUGACAGAGCUGCUGUUGCAGCCAUUCUUCCCUUUGGAGACCAGUCUAGGGGUGCAGGAGCCUGGAGCUUCCGCUGUCCCCCUGCCUGGAGCAGUUUGUGUGUAUAGUAAGAACACUGCCCGAAGAACAGAAUGAACCUGAUGCUGCAUUUUCACUGUGCCACACCCACUCAGCAAUAACCAUUUUGGACCUGGUGGGGGAGAGGAAGGAGGAGGGUAGAACCUUAAAAAGAGACCUUGAACUGGAAAGGGUCUCUUGUCAGGGCUUGAAUUUUAUUUUGUUGUUGGUAGUGUCUUGAUGUAUUUUCAGUGGUAGGGUAAAGAAUUAUCAAUAAUUUAUUUAACAGAUUUUUUUUUUAAAGUUAACAGCUUUUAAAUUCUUUUUUUAAAGCUAUUUAUUUGGAAGAUUUCUGGAGAAAUAUCUCACUAAUUUAGAUGUAAGAAUGUGAAGGUUUUUAAAUUAUUUUUGAUAGUGUGUGUGUUACAUGUGGGGAAGGGCCACAGUAACAGUAACUAGUCUGGACUCUUAAAUUUGAUAUUCAGGUUAAAGUCUUAAACAGGGAUUUGAUGCAUUAAUUAUUUUAAAUUAAGAUGUAUAUGAAAAUCAUUUUAUUUUAUAUAUUUCAUGUGUUUUUUAUAAGCUAUUAGCUUCGCUUUUGCUAACAUCCAAGGUGCAUACUGUUAUCCAGGUUGAUUACCUUAUAUCCCACCUUCCCUCUGCACUCCCCAUCAUUUUGUGAUGACCCAGUAAGACUCUUCUCUUUGCAGGGAAACACUUUCGUAGCCAAUGUGUAAGAACUCCAUAAAAGAUCCCUCAUUUCUCAUUUCGUUUGACAUUGUGAUUUUCUUCUCAAUAUUAAAAAAAAAAUAGGCUUUUGCAUUUUCAUUUCUGCUGAUGAUAUCUGGGUCCCAAAGAGAACAGCUUUAAUAUAUUUUUCCUACUUGUGGGAAAAGUAUUAUAAGUUUGGUUAAAUUGUCAUGUUUAUAGUUUUUCCAAAUACAUUUGUAACAGCAGGCCUUCUUCGUACUGCUGGUGUUGGACAACAGGACUGACACCUGCUGCGGAGGUUAUACCUUAUGAUGCUUUUAUUCUCCAUACCUGAUUUGUUGGAAAAUGUUAUUUGACUUAGGAUAUUCAAAUCUGCAUAAUAAGCCGUAAUAUAAUAGGAUUAAUACUACAUUAAGUUGUAUAGAAGCAAGCAUGUUGGAACAGAUCUUUUGUGUGUAUUUACUUUUUUUGUUUCUUAAUUUUCUAAAGAAUUACUUAAGAUAUGGAUUUGGAGUAAAAUGGGUGCUUUUGGCAGUUUCUUCCAUGUAUCCUAACCUGACCAUUGCAUAUUGAGGUUAAGUAUCUGGUUAAACUUUAAGGUAUUCAUUUAUCUCCUUUAUGUAUGAUUUUUACUAAAUGCCAGUUUUCAGUUGCUUAUAUAGUAGCUUAUAUUUUCCCUUUUUUCCAUCCAUGGCAUAAAAAUAAGUGAUUUCUGGGGGUGGGGCAGAAAUGUUCCCAAAUCUGACAGUAGAGCAUUUUACAAAUUCCUACAAAGAAAAUAUAGGCAAAUAGAUAAAAUUUAUUUUUAUGGAGAAGAAAUAAUGGCCAUAUUAUGGAUUUGUCUUUUUUUAUUCAGCAAGAUAGCAAGACUUACCCUUCUCUAUUAAGUAUCAGUUGAAUUGCUAAGAAGAAAAAAGUCUGUACCAUCGUCUUUCAUGGUUGCAUUCAAAUGUGUAUUUUCAAAGAGAAAUACUUCUUAGUGUCCCCAUUCCAAAAUGUCAUGGGAUAAAUAUGAAAUAGUUUAUGAAGUAGCCUUUCUGGUUCACAGUGACUGGACCAAAGUCUGAAUCUUAUCUGGGUAUCAGGAAAAAGAAUUUUUAUGGAAAUCCUCAGUGUCUAUAAACAACCCGUGUAAACUCUGUCUACACUAUGCCAAAACCAGUGGAAAGAUGGGUAGAGUCAUCUUAUCUCAGGAUGUCAAAAAUCUGGGUUUGACUGAUUCCCCUACCUUCCCACACAGUAUAUUCUUGUGAUUGUUGCUUUUCUGUAGAUCCUGAGUUGGUGUUACAAUAGUCAUGUUUUUAUUUUGGGCUAAGAAAUAAGAGGUGUAAGAGCUGUAAUUUCCUUUUCCUAUUAUAUCAUGAUCUGGGUUUUCUUUUUUCCUUUACGUUUUUCACAACUCUUGAGUAUUUUCUGUUUUUUUCUUUAGCCACAAAAAUUAAAAUUAAACUUUAUUUUUAUGAAUUAAAAUUGUGGCCAGUAUCCACUGUGUCCUUAGGCUGAGAAGUACUAAUUUGGAGUAGCCCAUGUAUGGAAUUCUAAAGUGAAGGUACUGUGGAUUCAUUUUUGGUAGUUUUAGCCCCUUAAUAAGUGGGUAAGUUAGAAAACUGUCAGUGAGGUAAUAGAACCACUCGAAUAGAAUCCAUGUGUCUUUUUCUGAAUUGGUGAAAAUUUAGCCACUGAUCCAGUGACUCCUGGUCAAACCUCUUAUAAGAUUACUGGCCGUAAUGCAUCCCUUUAUCUCAUGGAAAUGGCUGAACUUUGUGGUAGCUGCUGCCAGUACCUGGGCUUAACAGUAAUAGAGAACCUCAUUUAUACCAUACAGGCACAGCAACUUAGGAAGACAGCACUGAUGGUGUUUAGCUAGUUGUAAGCAAAUACAAAUAUGUAAAUUUGAGAAUUAUGAUUUAACAUGCAACUUUAAUAAUAGUAAUAGAUGAUAAUUUUCCUGUAUUGUUUCAAAUAAGUGACUGUUCAGCUGGGAUCCAUUGGAUUAUAAUUCACAAUGUCACAUAAUAUUAUGCUUUUCAAUAUUGAUGAGUGAUAUAAACAAUAUAAAGUUGGCAGUUUGUAGUAGUUCAGUAUCGUAGAAAUACAUUGAACUUCAUAAGUAUCAGUUCAUUUUUAAGCAUACAGAAUUGAAGAUUCUGACUGAAAUCAUAAACUCAGAGGAAACAAGUCCAUCUUUAUCACUAAUUACUUAGCUUGAAUACUUUUCUAUUUUUAAAUAAUCCUAAUUAUUGUCUUUUCAAUAUAGUCUAUUGUAUUCAUUUAUACGGGAUCAACAGGUAUUUAUCAAACAUCUGCUGUGUGCCCAGCACUGCCUAGUACUGUUGGGAACAUCAAUUUGCAGCUGUGCUCUCUGCCCUUGAAGGUAUCUUCUCCAGGAAAUUAGCAGUAUUAUUUUCACUUCUAAGCAAACAUGAGCAAAAGAGGACCUGUUCAUUAAAAAACAUCCUGACUUUUUUAGUUUCAACUGAGAUAUGCCACUGUAGAAGUGAAAGUAAUUUCACAAUUUAAGAAAUGCUUCAACUUGGUAAUUAAUAUGGUCAGGCAGGGACUUGGUGUAGCAUGCAAGGAAGCAGAAGACCUGGGCUUUUGUCCAAGUUCUGCCAUUUAGGUAUCAGCUGUGUAACCUUGAAUAAGUCACUUAACUCUUUCUGACUCUUAGUUUUCUCAUUUGUAAAUUUGGAUUAAAAUGUUUAUUAUGAUAAUCAAUUAAGAAAAUCUGUUAACACUUCAUACAUACAGAGAACUUAUCAUUAAGUUAAAACGGGCAAUUAAUGCACCUUUAUAUAUAUCUUUAAAUGAAAACUAAUACUAUUCAUGAUGUUUAUUUUAUAUCAAAUAUAUGCCCAGGGCAUGCUACUUAAAAAAUCCAAGGAAUCUCCAAUAAGGUGCUGGAUUAAAAUCAGAUUUCGUGCUUGAAGUGGAAGAAAAAUGAAGUUGUUUAUGGAUAAGAGAGUGAGAAUGUGUAUCCUCAAGUACGUUAAGAUGAUUUAACUGAAAGAUGGCUUUAGGUUUUUCUUGAAGAAUUAGGAAAGUUCCAUCCCCACAGAUUCAGCAUACUCUUCAGGUACUAGAUAAAGGUGAAGGAAGUCAUGGAAUUAAAAUGACUUAGCAACUCCCCAGGGAACUUGUGGGGAGAAUGAGGUGGUUAGAAAGGUGAGAAUGCACAAAGACAGCUCUGGGUUGGGUACCAACAGCUUGCUUGGUAGAAAGAAACCCGUGUAGGAAAGGAGACGCCACCAGCCGUCUUCAACAGACAAGAUUCUUUCUGCUUUUUUCAAAAGAUGCUCUCUGCAGCAGUAAGACUAUAGAUAGAGUUGAUUGGAAUAAUCAUAUGACCCAGUAUGCUACUGCUAGGCAUAAUUAUCAAAAAUUCAUUUUUCUCAUUGAAUAUUAAGUUAAUUGCUCGCCACAUAAAGAGAAGCUAGAGCUCGCCAGUCUUGGUGGUGUCCUAGACCUUCCUCUAAAGCAGUCUUGGGAAGCUUGAGCAUCAGAUCUUUAGCCUAGACAGAGUGUCGCUGGUAAAUAAAGGAGACACAGGUAACCCAGAGUGGGCAGUGAUUUGCGUGGGGAGACACAGUGGAUCUGGGGCCUCUGAUACUUUGCUUCCUAAAACAGCCCCCAGUUUUCGGCUUGCCCUGUGAGAUGAUGUUCAUGUGCUUCCUUGAAACCAGGUGGAAAGAAAGGGGAAGAAUUAACUUCCUCAUUCUGUUGCUGUUGAACGUAAUGUAAUCUUAAUAAUGUAGCCUUCCUAGAAGCCCUUCCCUCUUUUUCGUGCUGUAAAAUCAAAUAUUUGAUAUCCUUAACAUAAAUUUUAAAAAUUAAGGUCAUUAGGAAGCAAAUGUCUAUUUCCAAAGCAAUGAGCUUGUUGUGACUGUGAUUUUAUUCUUCUGUAGUUUUUUUUCCUCAUUUUAGUUGAGAGGAGAAAAUAAUACUCUUUUGCAAUAUCCUUAGAUUCUCCCCCUCACCCUGGUGCCCCUUGUAGUGUCUUAAGACUUUGUCUUAACAAGUAUAACAUUACCUUUUGUUGUUAAAACCUUUUCGAACCUGUAUUCAGUGAUUCUUCCAAGUUUAUCUGCUCUGCACUAUUUCACUAAUAAACCCUGGCUACCACGUAGCCCUUGACCUCCAAGUAGUUUACCUAUGCAAGACCUGUGACACUCUUAAUUCAUUUCUCUUUCUUUCAGAAAGUAGUCAUAAAUGGAGCUUAAUUAUAAAGGUAAAACUUGUCUCCAACCAGUUUUAUUUUGGCCAUUUCCUUUUCAAAAUGUCAGCUGUUUUCCUCCAAGAUUUUUCACCAAAACAAUGAUCAUAAGUGCUGGAAUACAUAAUACUUUGCAGGCAUAAAAUAACCCAGACAUACUCUCAUAUUUCUUUGGUGUAUUUUGGUUGGUAAAACUUACCAGCAUUAAAUGUAAAAUAUAAUGAGUUAAUUCCUUACCUAGAACCAUUUCUUCCUUUUAAAAGAUUCAUAAGUAACCUUUUAUUUUUACAAAGCUACGUAUAACUUCCACAUUAUAGUCAGGGACCUGAGGUGUAACUUGCUAAGUGAACCCCAAGGUUAUUUUAUCUUGCAAAAGAAACCUAAACCAAACUAAGGGCCUUACAGUUUAUGGUUAGACUGAAUCAAAAGCUAUAACCUCAAUUUUUCCAAAAACAGCUUCUGACUGCAAAAGCAAGUCAUACAGUUGUUAGGUAUGAAAUAGCACUGAUCAGGAAAUGCAUCUUCUCAGAUGGUAUUUCCUUCAGAAAAGACUUUUCUACUUCUAAUAUAAAUUAAGCCAUAACAGUUUCAUGCUGUGGAAAGAGGGUGAAAAGGUUCAUUUUAAGAGAUUAUAUAAUAUGAACUUUCACAUUUACUGUGAAAUGUCUAACUUGGCCAGUGCUUCAGCAAGUUUUUUUGGGGGGUGAUGGCGGGGGGGUAGUAUUGGUUUUAGAGGUUUCAAAUCUGUGACCUUUGGAGAGGGGACAGUUGUUGGCUCUGGUAUUUACUAGUUUUGUAGUAACGUUUUGCUAGCCUGACUGACUUUUCUUACUGGUUUUUAUGCCCACGGUCUGAGGGGACUGUUCUUGUUUGGGGUGUCUGCGGAAUAGCGUCUCGUCUUGUUUGUAUAGGCAGUCAAUGUGUGUGACAUGUGUGUCCUUUCAGUCCGGAAGCCCACUGUGUGACAAUGGCGUGGGGUGUGGCUGGGAGGUGGGGUGCUGAAGCUUGAAGAGCAUUUCUUUGCUGAUUCAUAACAGUAUUUCCCAUCUUUUGCCUGCAGGCAGGGAAAGUGUACAGUAUUUAUUUUGUUUCUGUUUUACUUUAAAUUUGUAAGUCUUUAAGUAGCUUACAUUGAUUAUUAUAGGGGAGGACAAGUGACUUGUUUAAAGUUGUAUUUAGUAUUCUUUCCAAUUUCUGUAUUUUAAAAUAUUGAAAUUAAAAUUGUAUUACUUCUGUUUUGAUUUUUUUAGCACUCAGUGUAUUUUUUGCUCAUUUUGUUUGAAAGUAUAAAUGUUGAAAAUUGUAUAAAAUGCGUCCUUGAAAGAAAAAGAAUCUGAAUUCUAUAUCCAA